UACGAAGGAAGACGGUUUUGUUUUUCCUCAGGAAAAAAGUCGAGGAACGAUGUUUGUAAAGGAGAUUUUUCAGAGAUGUUUGAUACAACUUUCAAACGCAAACUCAAAAUAUCCCAUGGAACAUGGCCUCCUUCGGGUUAAUUAAAAUAAAUUUCGGCAUCUUGAAGCUUGUUUGACGCUCGGUUUGGGAAUUCUUGGAGCUGCAGGAAUCGCGAGGCGGAAGAAGGGAAUUGCGAAGCGAGGGACUGGUUACAAGUGAUGCAUCUAAAUUGCUCCGGAUUGGUUUUAAGCGAUCUAUGCAAUGGUUUUGAGUUUAAUUAAAGCAGAGGUAUAGUCUAAAACCCACAUUGGCCUCUCUGUCUAAUAAAUGCCGUAAUUUGUACUGGCCAUUUGCUAUCCAAAGACUCAAAAUGGCGGAGGGCUGGCCCAUCCCCCAGGCCCUGUUCCUGCUUAUAGUGAGUGUUGUGGGGCUGGAGACUUGCCCUUCUCCUUGUAUUUGUUCCAGUGGUCCAGGUGCAGUUCAAAUGCUGGAUUGCAAUAAGAAAAGACUGUCUACUACAUCCCUGGAAGCACCAUCGUGGAUUACUCAUGCGUCUAUGAAUCAAAAUGAACUUGCAUCGCUGCCUUUCCUUGGAGAUGCCUCGUCCAACAUCACAGUGUUGUCACUUGUUCAUAACCGAAUCUCUGAAAUUGUGGCGGAGCAGCUGUUGCUGUAUUCAUCGCUGGAAAGUCUGGAUUUGAGCUCCAACUCUAUAUCUGAGCUCAAAGCUGGAUCGUUCCCACCCAUGCUGCUGAAAUACCUCAACCUGAGCAAAAACAAGAUAAGUUCUUUGGAACCUGGCUGUUUUGGAAACAUCAGCUCCCUACUGGUGUUGAAGAUCAACCAGAACAGACUGUCUCUGCUGCCGGAUAAAGUCUUCACUCUCACUCAGCUCCAAGUCUUAGAGUUGAGGCGCAACAGGAUCCGUGUGGUGGAAAGUCUCAUAUUUAAAGAGUUGAAGGCUCUUAAAUCAUUGAAGAUGCAGCGGAAUGGCAUCACAAAGCUAAUGGAUGGAGCUCUCUUAGGUCUGGACAACAUGGAGGAGCUGGAGUUGGAGUAUAAUAAUCUAACAGAACUGAAUAAAGGCUGGUUGUUUGGACUUCACAUGCUUCGGAUUCUGCGAGUCAAUCAAAACAAUAUCGGACUCAUCCGAGCCGACACCUGGGAAUUUUGCUAUCGCUUGGAAGAACUGGAUUUGUCCUUCAAUCACUUGAGUCGGCUGGAGGAUUGGGUGUUUACUGGUCUUGGCCUCUUGCAGAGUCUGAACUUGGGUGACAAUCAAAUCACACACCUGGAAGGUGGAGUGUUCAGCAGUCUGGUUAACAUCCGCACAAUAGACAUCCGCAAUAAUGAGAUAUCCCUCGCCAUCGAGGACUCAGUUGGCAUGUUUGUGGGUUUGAAGAGACUCAACUCACUGGUUUUACAGAAUAAUAAGAUCAGGACAAUCACUAAGACAGCAUUUGAGGGUCUGAUGGAGCUGGAGUAUUUAGACUUGAGUAAGAAUGGCAUCAUGUCUAUUCAUCCGGAUUCAUUCUCCCAUUUAAAACUUAAAACACUUGAUCUGAACACCAGCAGUCUCCUGUGUGACUGUCAGCUGCAGUGGUUGAGCCAGUGGUUGAUUGACAGCCGCUUCCAGCAAUCAUGCACAGCUGUAUGUGCACAUCCUUCCUCCCUGGCAGGAUCAAGUGUGUUCAUGGUUAAACAAGAAAUGUUUGUCUGCAAUGACUUCCCUAAACCUCAGAUCAGCACUCACCCCAGGACUGCAGUGGCCUUACGUUGGACAAACAUCACUCUAAACUGUUCUGCAUUCAGCAGCAGUGACUCUCCCAUGAACACCGCCUGGAGAAAAGAUGGAGAGGUGCUGUAUGAAGCUCAGGCGCAGAACUAUGCUCGGUACCAGGGCCACCGCCUCCUCUACACCACCUUACUCCACCUGCUCAACGUCAACUUUACAGAUGAAGGACAGUACCAGUGUGUGGUCUCCAACCAUUUUGGCUCCAACUACUCCACUUUGGCGAAGCUCACUGUCAAUGAACUCCCAACAUUCCUGAAGACGCCCAUGGAUCUGACAAUUCGCACGGGUACGGUUGCUAGGUUGGAAUGCGCUGCAGAGGGACACCCGACACCCCAGAUCGCCUGGCAGAAAGAUGGUGGUAUCAAUUUUCCAGCUGCCCGUGAAAGACGGAUGCAUGUCAUGCCGGAUGAUGACACUUUUUUCAUUGCCAAUGUGAAGAUGGAGGAUAUGGGCGUAUAUAGCUGUACGGCCAAAAACGAGGCUGGCAGCCUAUCGGCCAAUGCCACUGUUACUGUGUUGGAAACUCCAUCGUUCCAGCGCCCUCUAGAGGACCGUAACGUUGCCCGAGGUGAAACUGCUGUCCUCCAGUGUAUAGCUCGUGGUAGCCCCACCCCUCGCCUCAACUGGACCAAAGACGAUGCCCCGUUGGUCCUGACAGAACGUCACUUCUUUGCCGCAGCCAAUCAGCUCCUCAUAAUCGUAGAUGCCGGCCCGGCUGACGCAGGGAAAUACACAUGCAUCAUGUCCAACACACUCGGCACAGAACGUGGCCAUAUCUACCUCAGUAUCUCGCCCUCGACCAACUGUGACCCAGUGGUCAGCGUGUAUGGUCAGGACGCAUGGACAACAGUUGGCAUUGUUGUGAUGGUGGUUGUGUGCUGUGUGGUUGGCACCUCCCUCAUAUGGGUCAUAGUCAUCUAUCACAUGAGACGAAAGAGUGAAGACUACAGUAUAACAAAUACAGAUGAGAUGACCCUACCAGCUGACAUUCCCAGUUACCUUUCAUCUCAGGGUACUCUGUCUGAGCCACAGGAGGGCUACAGUAACUCAGAGAAUGGAAGCCACCAGCAGCUCAUGCCCUCUCAUGCUAAUGGUUACAUCCACAAAGGCACUGACGGAUUGUGUUAUGGUGAAGUGAGCAGUGAGGUGGACCCAGAGUCUAACGGAAUGCUGGGGAGUCAUGCAGGCUCUUUCUUUGCUGGACGUAGCAGCUUCAACCGCAGUGAACCCAGAGAGGGACAGGCAAAUAUACCCAGUGGGGGAACGGGACCCCUGGUCAUUUGCUCAGACUGCUAUGAUAAUGCCAACAUCUACUCUCGCACGCGUGAGUACUGUCCAUAUGCCUACCUGGCUGAGGAUGACCCAUUGGUGGCACAGCUCUCCGGGCACCAGAGCGGCCAUCAAGAGCGGGACCAGCAUGCCGAGCAUGUAGACACAGCACUGGAGAGUUUGAUUAGUCAGCAGAACACAGUGUUCCUCACCAACCAUGAACCACGACUGCAGGCUUCACAACACUUUAACGCUGAUGUCCCUAGCAGGUCAUUUUGGAGUGGAGAAGAAACUCACUCCUCCAUCCUCACCCAGGGGUCAGUGACUGUACGCAAGCCCCAGACGGGUUUUUCUACUGGGGACAGCCAAGAGGAGAGGAGAGGGGCACUGGAGGAAGGCUCAUACAGGACUAACAAACAGGAAGCCAACUCUGUGCCUACAUAAACUCAGCCAAUCCCACCUUCUCCAAUGCCCUUGACCCCAACAUCAACACCAUCUCAUCCUUCAGUGAACUCCCAGUGCCCUCAGCCCACAACCUCCUCUGAGAUGCCUCAUUAUCUCCCAAAUGAAAUGCCUCUCUUUUCAGUGUUUACACACCAUUUACAUGCCAUUCCUUUGUUUUGUGAAAAACUCUCAAAAUCGGGAGACCGAAUUCCUGCUUACCCAUUCCUCAACAACUGACUGGUUAGAGCUGUGACUCUGAAUGUAACGUUUCCAAGAGUUCCACUAGCCCUACCCAAACUUUUGACGUACAAAUCAGACAUGUUUCUCUUUUCCCCCACCUUCUUCAGAAAGUUGAGCCUUUUUGCAUAUGCCAAAGAGCUUGACCCAGACUCCCCCAAUAACUUCCUUUGCACUGUGAAAGGAGCUGUACGAAAAUUGACUGUGAAAAUAGGGCGAGAACUGGGCAACCAGCCUGCCUUAACAGGGCAGUUCUCUGGCCAAUUUUCUGUUUUGCAUUUCUCAUUCUUGUUGGCAAUGGUACUGACUGAUAAUCAUUAUUAGUGUUAACAGAGCUGACAGCGCUGCUCUUUCCACUGUUAUUGUACGCCGAAGUUACUGUUAUUUGUUAUGCGGUUAUUGCAUUUUGUGUAGUGCUUUUGACAAACCCAAAAAUAUUCCUGAAUAUUUCUUUCUCCAGUUUGUUAAGGCACUAUAGAAGUCAGAAAAACAGGAUAUAUUGCACCUUUGACAAUCUGCCCAGGACAGCCUUAAUACAAAUCAUAAUGCUAGCGUAAAUGUGUGUACUUUUAUUUCCAUUUUUUUUUUUUUUUACGGUACUCUCCUGUAUUAAGUGUUUGUCUUACUAUUUUCUUUACUUGCCUUUUGCAAACUGAAUUUUAAAGAGUUAUCAUUUAAAUUAGUUUUCUCCCCACUGUGUGCAUUAUUACAGAGGUACAGAAAACAAGCUAUAAUUUUUGUUAUUUAGUACUGAUUAGUAAACUAAUCUUGAACUCUAUUCUUUCAGGUUAAUGCUUUAAGAAGAGCUCCUUUUUGACAUUCAGCUAACUCGAUUCUAUGCUGAUAUUCAGUACAACAGCACUCUUGCUCCUGUGAUGUUGCUUAAAUGGUCCAGAUAAUGUGUAGGAAUCUUUCAUUUAAACAUUUGAAUUAUACAUUUUUUUCCACAAGGCUCCACAACACAGCAGCCCACCGUUUUGUUUUUUUUGCACAUUCUUUGAACCUACAAAAGCUGAUGGAUUUUCACUGCAGCAGAUAACUGUGGUCAAUUUCGUCCUGUUGUUAUUUUUUUUUUUAAAUUCCCUUUCUAGUUGCUCUCACCCACUCUCCAACUGUGAUAAAGACCCAUACAUUUGCAUAUUCAUUUGUUGCAUUUUGCACAGUUUCUUGCCUUGCGGUUUUCUGUUCAAUUAUACUAAUCAGAGACCUUUAUGCCAAAUGAUGUGACUCCAUGCUGCCUCAGUUUCUGUUGUUGAUAGCAAAGGAUUAUGUGUCAUUCAGUGGCUUCUGGCAACGUUUAAGACAUCUAAACUUUUAGAAUUACUGUUAAUGCUUUCUUUGUAUAUUACAGCAGUCACAGAUUGACUCACAAUUCAUCUCUCAGGAGAUUAAGGCAAAGCAGUUUCAUUUAAGUGAAUAGCAGUUUUAUUCUAUUCUGAAUAAUACAGGACUUUGUUUGAAAAUGAACUGUUUAUCACACUUGCCAAGUGUGAUUUCUGUGACUUUACAUUCAUUUACAAUUUAUUUCAGUGUAAUGCCAAAGAAACGCCCACUUGCAUCAAACAUUCCCGUUGUCUGCCAACUUG